UCUCUCUAUCUCUUUCUUCCUCGAAAGAUCUUCUUUCUUUUUCAAACUUCAAUAAAUAUUCUUGAUUUUGUUACAUCAAUUACUUGCAGGGUUUUACCCACCAAGCAAAACCCUUGUUUGGUAUCUUAACUUAUUACAUGAAAAAGAUCUAACUCUUUUCUUGGUUCUUGAAUAUACUGUUCUUCAAUAAAAAAAAAUGUCUCAGACUCACUGGGAAGCUGAUAAAAUGUUAGAUGUUUAUAUACACGACUACUUAGUAAAAAGGGAUUUAAAGGCUUCUGCUCAGGCAUUUCAAGCUGAAGGAAAAGUCUCUUCUGACCCAGUUGCUAUCGAUGCACCUGGUGGCUUUCUGUUCGAAUGGUGGUCGGUUUUUUGGGAUAUCUUUAUAGCAAGGACUAACGAAAAACACUCGGAAGUUGCAGCCUCUUACAUUGAGACUCAGUUAAUCAAAGCACGGGAGCAGCAACAACAGCAGCAGACACAACAAACACCUCAUCCACAACAACAACAACAACAACAGCAGCAGCAGCAGCAACACCAGCAAAUGCAAAUGCAACAGCUUAUGCUACAACGUCAGGCUCAACAGCAACAGCAACAACAGCAGCAGCAGCAGCAACAACAACAACAAGUGCAACAACAGCAGCAACAGCAACAACAGCAACAAGUGCAACAGCAGCAUCAACAACAACAACAACAACAACGGAGAGACGGGGCACACCUCCUGAAUGGAGCAUCAAACAGGCAUGUCGGAAAUGAUCCUCUUAUGAGAAACCCUGGAGUUAAUGCUAUUGCUACAAAAAUGUAUGAGGAGAAAUUGAAAGUGCCGCUUCCAAGGGAUUCUUUAGAUGAAGCAACUAUGAAGCAGAGGUAUGGUGAUAAUGUUGGUCAACUUUUAGAUCCGAACCAAGCAUCAAUAUUGAAAUCUGCUGCUGCUGCUGCCGGUCAACCUUCAGGGCAAGUGCUGCAUGGUACAGCUGGGAGCAUGUCACCUCAAGUCCAAGGUCGGAACCAACAACUUCCAGGCUCUACACCGGAAAUAAAAACGGAGAUGAAUCCAAUGUUGAAUCCUAGAGCUGCGGGUCCUGAAGUAUCAUUGAUUGGAAUUCCUGGAUCAAAUCAAGGCAGUAACAAUUUGACAUUAAAAGGAUGGCCUCUCACAGGAUUAGAUCAGUUAAGAUCUGGUCUAAUGCAACAGCAGAAGUCUUUCAUGCAAGGUUCCCAGCCGUUCCAUCAGCUACAGAUGAUGUCACCACAACAUCAACAACAACUCCUGUUAGCACAACAAAACAUGACAUCGCAAUCGUCCAACGAUGAAAGCAGACGGCUAAGAAUGCUCCUUAAUAACCGCAGCAUGAGUAUGGGCAAAGACGGCCUUUCUAGUUCUGUUGGUGAUAUACCAAAUGUUGGAUCCCCAAUGGGCGUUUUACCUCGUGGAGAUCCUGAUAUGAUGCUCAAGUUAAAAAUGGCACAGAUACAACAACAGCAACAGCAGCAGCAACAAAAUGGUAAUCAACAACAGCAACAGAUUCAUCAUUCUCUUUCUGCCCCACCACCCCAAAACUCAAAUCUCAAUCUUCAGCAAGAAAAAAUUGUGGGUGCAAGUAGUGUUGGUGACGGGAGCAUGUCAAACUCGUUUAGAGGAAACGAUCAGGCUGGAAGAAAAAGAAAGCAGCCCGUGUCAUCUUCAGGACCUGCCAACAGUUCUGGAACAGCUAACACGGCUGGACCAUCGCCAAGCUCAGCACCCUCAACUCCAUCAACUCAUACACCUGGAGAUGUGAUCUCCAUGCCUGCUUUACCACAUAAUGACAACUCUUCGAAGCCGUUAAUGAUGUUUCGACCUGAUGGGCCGGCAACUCUUACAUCUCCAUCAAAUCAAUUGUGGGAUGACAAGGACAUUGUGCAGGCUGACAUGGAUCGUUUUGUGGAAGAUGGAUCUCUUGAUGAUAAUGUCGAGUCUUUUUUAUCUCACGAUGAUACGGAUAUGAGAGAUACGGUUGGUCGCUGUAUGGAUGUGAGCAAAGGAUUUACAUUUACGGAGGUCAAUUCUGUUCGUGCUAGUCAAAGCAAGGUUGUUUGUUGCCAUUUCUCGCCAGACGGUAAAUUGCUUGCUAGUGGCGGACAUGACAAGAAGGCUGUACUAUGGUACACAGAUUCUUUAAAGCCAAAGACGACUCUUGAAGAGCAUACAUCAAUGAUCACAGAUGUGCGUUUCAGCCCAAGCAUGCCACGCCUUGCCACAUCAUCCUUUGAUAAAACAGUCCGUGUUUGGGAUGCUGACAAUCCUGGCUUUUCUCUCCGUACCUUUAUGGGGCAUUCUGCUUCAGUGAUGUCACUGGAUUUCCAUCCAAAUAAAGACGACCUCAUAUGUUCGUGUGACGGGGAUGGGGAGAUACGAUAUUGGAGCGUAAAUAACGGUAGCUGUGCUCGUGUGUUCAAGGGAGCAACGGCACAGGUGAGAUUCCAGCCACGCCAUGGAAGAUUUCUUGCAGCAGCUGCAGAAAACAUUGUAUCUAUACUAGAUGUCGAAACUCAAGCUGUUCGAUAUACACUACCUGGGCAUACAAAACCUAUUAAUUCUGUUUGCUGGGACCCGAGUGGUGAGUAUUUGGCAUCAGUUAGUGAAGACUCUGUUCGAGUGUGGUCUCUUACGGCAGGAAAUGAAGGGGAGUGUGUCCAUGAUCUUAGCUGUAAUGGCAAUAAGUUUCACUCGUGCGUUUUCCAUCCUAGCUAUGCUUCAUUGUUGGUCAUUGGAUGUUAUCAGUCUUUGGAGCUAUGGAACAUGUCGGAGAACAAAACAAUGACUUUAUCGGCUCAUGAAGGAUUGAUUGCGGGUUUGGCAUUGUCUACUAGUACAGGUUUGGUAGCCUCGGCUAGCCAUGAUAAAAUUGUUAAACUAUGGAAGUGAACAAUUUGUAAACGCAAAACAAACAUGUUGUAUGAUCUGUAUUGUACCCUGCUUGAAUCUAUGUUUUCUUCCUCUUUUUUCCCUUAA